AUGCCACCCUUCUUCCCGCGCAAAAGACUCUCUUCCCCGCCACCCACCUCGCCGCAGUCUAUUCCGACAAAGAAAGCCAGGCUUGCAGAUGUGUUGGACGCCGAUUCCAGAAAUAUCCCUGGGUUAAACAGAAAGAAGACAUUCUCCGUCGGCAGCGAUGACUCGGACUCAAGCCUUAGUGAAGUGGACAGCGACGAGUUCGAGGACGUGCCCGCACCAGUCACCCAACCCUCCCGUCCAGACCAGGAUGAUAGGGUCGAAGAUGAGGAUGAUGAGGACGAUGAAGAUAUAGAAUGGGAAGAUGCCGGUGGGGAGACGGUGCCGGGAUCCCCGGCGCAUACACCUCUGGCCGAUGGUCCGAUCGAACUGGUCUUCCGGAAAGACGAUAACGAGAUCGACUAUGGUACAUCGGCUGCGGCGACUGCAGGGAAGAAAGGUCCAACGAAGCGGGAGAAAGAGGUCAGAAUACGGGCUCAUAAGAUGCAUGUUCAGUUUCUGCUCUGGCAUAACGCGAUCCGGAAUAGAUGGAUCUCGGAUAAGACAGUUCAACAGACCCUGGUCCAGCAAUUGCCACCACAAAUCAGAAAGGAAGUUGACAAGUGGAAGAGGGCCAGUGGUCUUGUAGAACCGAACAAUGCGGAGACGCCGAAAGCAGAAAAUAGCAAACGGCGAGGGAAACAGAAGGAUGUCGAUCCAAGGAAAGAGCGGGACUGGGGACGACCGAGUCAACGUCUCGAGCAGGGCAAAGCUGACAUGAGCAACGGCGAUCCUUUGAUAUCCUUGAUGAAAGUCUUGUCCGCGUAUUGGAAAAAGCGGUUUGCGAUUACUGCGCCAGGCCUGAGGAAGCGUGGCUAUGGGACCAAACAGGCCUUGAAGCAGAUCAUUUACUCGUUCAGAAAUGACGAGCAUGAUGUCGAGGAACAUGGAGAGCGCAUACGCAACCUCGAUGAGUUUCGCGAGGCUGCAAGAAGAUGUGAAGGAUCAAGGGAUGUAGGUGCUCAACUCUUCACCGCUUUGCUCAGAGGCCUAGGAAUUGAAUCCAGGCUGGUUGCAAGUCUACAGCCUUGUGGGUUCGGAUGGACAAAGGCUGAACAAUAUGUAGCCCGGAAGCCUGGAAAAUCCAACGAGGCAGACACAUCGUCCGAGGACUCUGAUCUGGAAGACUCAAGGUCGAUAUCGGAGAUCACAAAGUCCCGAAGUACCAAGGGACCGCUGCAACGACAGAGAAAACAAGUCCUGAAGAAGUGGAAAGGUGGUGGAGCCACCAGCGACCCUAUCAAUCUCGACUCAGACGUCGUCGAGAGUAACGAAGGAGAUGAUGGCGGUGUGAAUGACGACGACUCUGUCAUGGAUGUUACUCCGUCGAUGCCGAAACGGCGCCCACAGAAGUAUGACCGCGAUCAUCCGUUCCCAAUUUACUGGACUGAGGCCAUAUCUCCCAUUACAAAUAAAGUCCUUCCAGUUUCGCCUCUGGUCCUUAUGUCCCCGGUUGCUUCCACGCCUGAGAUCUUGGCUACUUUCGAGCCUCGUGGGGUCAAAGCCGAGAAGACGAAAGCCGUUAUGGCUUAUGUCGUGGCAUAUUCGCCCGAUGGUACUGCAAAAGAUGUUACGGUCCGAUAUCUGAGGAAGAGAAUAUGGCCCGGCAAGACAAAAGGCUUUCGCUUUCCCGUCGAAAAGAUUCCAGUCUACAAUAAACAUGGCAAAAUCAAGAGAUACGAGGACUCUGACUGGUUCAAACGUGUCAUGAGUGCUUAUGUACGUCCGGAUCUGAUGCGAACGGCUGUCGAUGAUGUGGAAGAGUCGUCCGAUCUCGUUCCGCAACUGCCGGAGAAGAAAGAUAUCAAAACGGACGUGGACACGCUUCAGAGUCUGAGGUCUUCGGCCGACUUUGUACUCGAGCGUUUCUUACGGCGCGAAGAAGCCUUUAGGCCCGGUGCGAAGCCAGACCGGAUAUUUGUGUCUGGGAAAGGUGAAAACCUGAAGGAAGAGCCAGUCUACCGCCGCAGCGACGUAGAAAGAUGUUUAACCGCGGAGUCAUGGCACAAAGAAGGCCGAAGACCAAAGGCAGGCGAGACUCCGCUGAAGCUUGUACCCGUACGGGCUGUGACCCUUACCAGGAAGCGUGAAGCUGAAGAGCAUGAGAGGCAAACGGGACAGAAACAGAUGCAAGGUCUGUACUCUUGGGAUCAGACCGAAUACAUCAUUCCGCCUCCGAUCGAAAACGGCGUUAUCCCGAAAAACGCAUAUGGAAACAUCGACUGCUUCGUGCCUAGCAUGGUCCCGAGAGGAGCCGUUCAUAUCCCUCUCAGGGGGACUGUACGAAUAUGCAAGAAGCUAGAAAUCGACUAUGCUGAAGCGGUGACUGGAUUCGAGUUCGGCAACAAGAGAGCAGUACCGGUGUGUACGGGUGUUGUCGUUGCCAAAGAAAACGAGAAGGCUGUCAGAGCAGCCUGGAUCAAAUUCAAUGAAGAGCAGAGGAAGAAAGAGGAGAGCAAGAUGGAAAAGCUGGUGUUGGAUCUAUGGCGGAAAUUUGUCAUGGGUCUUAGGAUCCGCGAACGAGUGCAAGACACUUACGGAGACGUUAUGGCUGACCACUCCGACCUCACUCGUGGCAUGACCAUGGAGCAGCCGAUCAGUGUCGACGACGAUGAUGAUAUGCCAGGAGAAGCAUUACCACAUGCCGAUGACGACUACGCUUUCGGUGGCGGCGGGUUCAUCGUGGAUGAUGACGAACCAGCUGUACCUGAAGAUCUAGAGAUGGUGCACCAUGAGGAACCGACUGGGACGAACAAAGGGAAAGGCAAGGAACGAGCGAUUGCAGAAUAUCCCACACCCACUUCGAUCUCGCCCCUCAAAGCCCCCAUGCGACGACAACGGCCGUCUCUCCUUCGUGCUGCUGGCGAAAGCCAAAGCUCCGAGCUUUCUUCCAUGGCGAGCGACGAUGACCUUGCUGAACAGUCCGAAGGAGUGGACGAUGUCUCGGAUGAAGAGGAAGAGUUUUCAGAGGCGAGAGAAGAGAGGUUGAUCGAAGUAUCUAUUCCUGGGCCUCGACUGCGGGGGUCGAGGAAAAUCCGACCAAACCAGCCCAGUUCUCCGGGCGACAAUAGCGAAUCCGACGUGUCCGAUGACUCUGAGCCGCCCCUGUCCAUGGAUUUGGAGGGAGAAGAUGAUGAGGAGGAAGACGAAUAUGACUACAAGCCAACAAAAGAAACUGCUCGCAAGGCUAAAGCUCAGAAGAAGGUCGCGUCGCCACCACAACGAAGGACGAGGAAUGCUGCCAGAUCAGUGCGCUCCAAGGCUGCCGUCGAGGCCACGGUCCAGACUGUCCAAGAAAUCUCGGAAGACGACAUCGUCACGCCACGGACGAAACGGACAUCGCGGCGAUUAAGAAGGGAUAGCACCAUUGUGAGGAGCCCAUAUUUUGAGGCUUAG